UUUUGCUAUACGAUCAGUGAGAUAACUGGUGUCCGCUCGCUGCACCUGCUAGACUAGUCAGUCAUUGACGGCUGUCUGCGACAGCAGGCUAGCUAACGGAGAAUAAGCUAACAAUAAUGCUACAUACAUAGCAUAUGAGCAAUGCUAGCCAACGCAAAUAGCUUUUUUUUUUCUGAAAAUAACGAGGAUUUUACUAACCUGUAUAAAACGGAUCUGCUGUCCCAUGCAGGGAGGACCAAUACCAAGUUAUGUCAGAGCGCUGCUGUGUGCUUGUGCGUCGCCUGAAACGCCCUGAUGAUGUUGUGAUGAGACCUGCACCCCGACCUGUCACUGUGUCUGUGAACAACGCGAGACUCGUCUGUUUACAAGUGAUAAGCUUUUCUCCUGGAGUUUUAUCUCCAUCAUGAUAUCCAAGGACUACAACUACCAGGAGGACGCUGGUCUAUGACGUCAUAUCAAUGCGCCGAUCAUUACAGUCUUUGAAGAGAGAUCAUUAUUAGCUUCAUGGUUGCUCCUAAAUACUAAGAAGUCACCAUGGUGAUGAAAUCAGCGGUUGAAGAUGAUGAUGCCGGCUGGGGGCUGGGCAUCCCCGAAAAAAUGAGGAACAAUGCCAACUGGGUUGAUAUUACCCAUGAAUUCAAGGGUGCAUGCAAAGAGUUGAACCUUGGAGAGCUGCUACAUGACAAACUGUUUGGCCUGUUUGAGGCCAUGUCAGCCAUAGAGAUGAUGGAUCCAAAGAUGGACGCAGGAAUGAUCGGAAACCAGGUCAACAGGAAAGUGCUCAACUUUGAACAAGCUAUCAAGGAGGGAGCCAUCAAGGUGAAAGAUCUCAGUCUCCCUGAACUCAUUGGGAUCAUAGACACAUGUUUCUGCUGUUUGAUCACUUGGCUGGAGGGCCACUCCCUGGCACAGACCGUGUUCACCUGUCUGUAUGUCCAUAACCCAGACCUGAUAGAGGAGCCGUCCCUCAAAGCCUUCGCUCUGGGCAUCCUGAAGGUGUGUGACAUAGCACGAGAGAAGGUCAACAAAGCUGCUGUGUUUGAGGAGGAGGACUUCCAGGCCAUGACCUAUGGCUUCAAGAUGGCCAAUAAUGUGACAGACCUCCGUGUGACGGGUAUGCUGAAAGAUGUGGAGGAUGAGUUGCAGAGGAAAGUGAAGAGCACUCGCAUUCGCCAGGGGGAGCAGCGAAACCCAGAGGUUGAGGUGGAGCAUCAGCAGUUUCUGGCACUUUUCAACAGGAUCAAGUUUACUCGCCUUCUGCUGACUGCACUGAUCACCUUUACCAAGAAGGAGACGAGUUCGGUGGGAGAGGCCCAGAAGCUUGUGGCUCAGGCAGCCGACCUCUUAUCGCCCAUUCAUUCCAGCAUUCAGCACGGCAUCCAGUCACAGAACGACACCACUAAAGGAGACCACCCCAUCAUGAUGGGCUUUGAGCCCCUUGUAAAUCAAAGACUGCUACCACCCACCUUUCCCCGCUAUGCAAAGAUCAUUAAGAGAGAGGACAUGGUGGCCUACUUUGGGAAGCUUAUUGAACGAAUCAAGACUGUGUGUGAUGUGAUCAACACCACCAACCUGCACGGCAUCCUGGACUUCUUCUGUGAGUUCAGUGAGCAGUCUCCCUGUGUGCUCUCCAGAUCUCUACUUCAGACAACGUUCCUGAUAGAUAAUAAGAAAGUGUUUGGGACCCACCUGAUGCAGGACAUGAUCAAAGAUGCUCUGAGAUACUUUGUCAGCCCCCCUGUGCUCUCCUACAAGUGUUGUCUGUUCAACAACCACCAGGCCAAGGACUACAUCGACUCCUUUGUUACACACUGUUCCAGGCCGUUCUGCAGUCUGAUACAGAUCCACGGACACAACCGAGCUCGGCAGCGAGACAAGCUGGGUCACAUUCUUGAAGAGUUUGCCACGCUGCAGGAUGAAGCAGAGAAGGUUGAUGCAGCUCUUCAUGGCCUGCUAAUGAAACUCGAGCCUCAGCGACAGCACCUAGCCUGCCUCGGCACCUGGAUUCUGUACCACAACCUGAGGAUCAUGAUCCAGUACUUGCUGAGCGGCUUUGAGCUGGAGCUGUACAGCAUGCACGAGUACUAUUACAUCUACUGGUACCUGUCAGAGUUCCUUUACGCGUGGCUGAUGUCCACUCUGAGCAGGGCCGACUCUUCUCAGAUGGCAGAGGAGCGGAUUAUGGAGGAGCAGUUGAAAGGCCGCAGCAGCAAAAAGACAAAAAAGAAGAAAAAAGUUCGCCCACUCAGCAAGGAGAUCACUAUGAGCCAAGCAUACCAGAACAUGUGUGCUGGCAUGUACAAGACUAUGGUAGCUUUGGAUAUGGAUGGAAAGGUGCGUAAGCCUCAGUUUGAGUUGGACAGUGAGCAGGUCCGCUAUGAGCAUCGCUUCGCCCCCUUUAACAGCGUGGUCACCCCCCCACCUGUGCACUACAUCCAGUUCAAGGAGAUGUCUGAUCUGAAGAAGUACAAUCCUCCACCAGGCUCUGCGGACCUCUAUCUGGCUGCCAGCAAACACUUCCAGCAGGCCAAGCUCAUCCUAGAAAAUGUGCCUAGUCCAGACCCUGAGGUGAACCGUAUCCUGAAGGUGGCCAAGCCCAACAUCGUAGUUAUGAAGCUCCUGGCGGGAGGUCACAAGAAGGAGACAAAGGUGCUCCCAGAAUUUGAUUUCUCAGCUCACAAGUACUUCCCUGUCGUCAAGAUUAUCUGAUUCCUCUCUGAGAGUGUCAUCACCAAGACUGUCAGCUGCAGAGACUAAGCCCUCACUUGAACAAGUGUGCAAAUGCCCCGAUCCAGUGUUUGUCUGAACUGUGUUUUUGUUAUACAACUGGCUGUAAAGUAAAAAAAAACAACCUUAUUUUUCUGCAUAAUGUGACAGAAACCAGGCCUGAGAACUUGUGAGUGGACCUGAAUGAGUGACUUUAUCCACAUCUGCAUUGUUUUGUCUGUUAGGAGGUUCUUUUGUACAAAAAUUGUCCAAUGAAAACUUUUAUAAGCUGCCUUUAGAACAUCCUGAAAAGUCUUUCAAAGUACAGCUGCAUUGGAAGUAGGUGCAUAUCAUUCAGUCAUGUGAGACCUGUUUAUGUAUUUAUGUGCUUAUUUGAAUAAAAAUGUUGAGCCUGAAAAUUC